AAUGAAGACGGCGGCCGCCGUACCAGCCAUCAUGCGUGGAAGGUAAACGGCCGACACGGUUCUCACGGCGCCCAUUCCAGGGGAAGAGUUGCCGAAGCCCAGGGACUUUGUCUCACCGACAACCGGGAGAGAAAACGUGAAGAAGGCGACAAUCGCCUCAAGGUCUCCUUGGGAAGAGUGGGUGAAGACGUCGGCUUCUCCCGCAGGGACUCGCGGAGAGUCGUUGGAGACAUAGGCCACCACCGCUGUGCCUUUCGGGAGAGAGUCAAGGGAGAUGGUGGUCACCGUCACAGCAGCUCUUGGGUGAAAGUGAGGGGAGACCGCAGCUUCCCCAGCAGCGACUUGAGUUCAAGUGACGUCGGCGACCCGCACUCGAGCGACUCUGGUGCUACAGUCAGAGACCACAACCGCCGACUCAGUGGCUCUUGGGAGAGAGGGAGUGUGGAUGGUAGCCACUACCCCAGUAGUUCUUGGGACGGAGUAAGUGAGGACCGCGGCUAUGUGGCCAGCGACUCCUCGGGGGUGAGCGUUAGCGAAAACGCCGGUCGCCGUCUCCGUGGCUUCCGGGAGAGAGAAAGUGAAGACGAAGGUUCCCGAGGUAGGGUUUCUUGGGAGAGAGCAAGCAGGGAGGACUCUGGCUACCGUCCCAGCGACGACGACGAAGACGGCUGCAGCCGCUAUAGUGGCUCCUGGGUGAGAGCAAGUGAAGACCGCCGCAGCAGCAGGGGCCUGGAUUCCACUCCUCCCGGGAGUCUGAGGGAUUGCACCAUGCCUGGGGUGGCCAAUUCGGGCCCUUCCUCUUCCUUUAAGGAGACUGCAAACACGUGUGCCAGGAAGAAGGUACAUUUUGGUAGCAUUCAUGAUGCAGUACGAGCUGGAGACGUAAAGCAGCUUUCAGAAAUAGUGGAACGUGGAGCCAACAUUAAUGAAGUUGAUGUUCUCCAUAAAUUUACCCCUUUGCAUUGGGCAGCACAUUCUGGAAGCUUGGAGUGUCUUCAUUGGCUGCUGUGGCAUGGAGCUGAUAUCACACAAGUAACCACAAGAGGCUGGACAGCAGCUCACAUAGCUGCAAUUAGAGGUCAAGAUGCUUGUAUGCAGGCUCUUAUAAUAAAUGGAGCAAAUCUGACAGCUCAAGAUGAUUAUGGAUGCACUCCUUUACAUCUUGCUGCAACUCAUGGACAUUCUUUCACUUUACAAAUCAUGCUCCGAAGUGGAGUGGAUCCUAAUGUGACUGAUAAGAGAGAAUGGAGACCUGUACAUUAUGCAGCUUUCCAUGGGCGGCUUGGCUGUUUGCAACUUCUUGUCAAAUGGGGAUGUGGCAUAGAAACUGUGGACCACAAUGGAAACCUUCCAGUUCACUUAGCAGCCAUGGAAGGCCACCUUCAUUGUUUUAAAUUCCUACUCAGCAGAAUGAAUAGUGGAACACAAGCUUUAAAAGCCUUCAAUGAUAAUGGAGAAAAUGUAUUGGACCUGGCCCAGAGGUUUUUUAAACACAAUAUUUUACAGUUUAUCCAGGGCGCUAAAUAUGAAGGAAAUGAUUUAGGAGAUCAAGAAGCAUUAGCAUUUCCAGGUCAUGUGGCUGCCUUUAAGGGUGAUUUGGAAAUGCUUAAGAAAUUAGUAGAAGAAGGAGCAAUCAAUUUUAAUGAACGUGAUGAUACUGGAUCCACUCCUAUGCAUAAAGCUGCUGGACAAGGCCACAUAGAAUGUUUGCAGUGGUUAAUUAAAGUGGGAGCAGACAGUAAUAUUACUAACAAAGCAGGGGAGACACCCAGUGAUGUGGCUAAGAGAUUUGCCCACUUGGCAGCAGUGAAGCUACUAGAGGGGCUGCAGAAAUAUGAUAUAGAUGAUGAGUAUGAUAUUGAUGAAAAUGACCUAAAGUUUUUUGUAAGGCAUGGUGUUGAGGGAAGCACUGAUGCCAAGGAUGAUUUAAGUCUGAGUGAAUCAGAUAAAACAGAUGCUAGAAUGAGAGCUUAUAACAAAAUUACAGAAUUGAGACACCUUCUGGAAAUUGCUGAGAGCAACUAUAAACAUUUGGGUGGGAUAACAGAAGAGGAUCUAAAGCAGAAGAAAGAACAGCUUGAAUCUGAAAAGACCAUCAAAGAACUGCAGGACCAGCUGGAGUAUGAACGACUCCGUAGAGAGAAAUUAGAAUGCCAACUGGAUGAAUAUCGAGCAGAGGUGGAUCAACUUAGGGAAACAAUGGAGAAAAUUCAGACCCCCAAUUUUAUGGAUAUGGAAGAUGACUCAUGUGAGUCCAGCAAAGAGAAGAGGCGAGUGAAAAAAAAGGUGCCUUCUGCGGGAGUGUUUGUAAGAAGGUACUAACUAGUCUGUGAAAAAACUUUAAAUAAACUUGCUGGAUUUUCUCUUUAAGAAAUCAGUAUAAAUAUAAAUCUAUAGCAACUCUUCUCAGAAUUGUU